GGUGCCGGGGCGGCGGGGGCGGGGGCGGGGAGGUAGGGCGCCGCGGCGGCUGCGGCAGUUGCGCGUUGGGCUGGCUGUGGUGCGGUGGGUCGAAUUCAGCAUACAAUUAAAAUGACAACCUCCUGGAGUGACCGGUUACAGAAUGCAGCAGAUGUGCCUGCUAACAUGGAUAAGCAUGCCCUAAAAAAGUAUCGCCGAGAAGCCUAUCAUCGGGUGUUUGUGAACCGAAGCUUAGCCAUGGAAAAAAUUAAGUGUUUUGGUUUUGAUAUGGAUUAUACACUUGCUGUGUACAAGUCCCCAGAGUAUGAAUCCCUUGGCUUUGAACUUACUGUGGAGAGAUUAGUUUCUAUUGGCUAUCCUCAGGAGCUGCUCAACUUUGCUUACGACUCUACAUUCCCUACCAGGGGACUUGUUUUUGACACAUUAUACGGAAAUCUUUUGAAAGUUGAUGCCUAUGGAAACCUUUUGGUCUGUGCACAUGGAUUUAACUUUAUAAGGGGUUCUCAGGUAGCUGCUCAGAAGAGACCAGAAACUAGAGAGCAGUAUCCAAAUAAAUUUAUCCAACGAGAUGACACUGAAAGAUUUUACAUUCUGAACACACUAUUCAACCUACCAGAGACCUACCUGUUGGCCUGCCUAGUAGAUUUUUUUACUACUUGUCCCAGAUAUACCAGCUGUGAAACAGGAUUUAAAGAUGGAGACCUCUUCAUGUCUUAUCGAAGUAUGUUCCAGGAUGUAAGAGAUGCUGUUGACUGGGUUCAUUAUAAGGGUUCCCUUAAGGAAAAGACAGUUGAAAAUCUUGAGAAGUAUGUAGUCAAAGAUGGAAAACUGCCAUUGCUUCUGAGUCGGAUGAAAGAAGUGGGAAAAGUAUUUCUUGCUACAAAUAGUGACUAUAAGUAUACAGAUAAAAUUAUGACCUACCUGUUUGAUUUUCCACAUGGCCCCAAGCCUGGGAGUUCCCAUCGACCAUGGCAGUCCUACUUUGACCUGAUCCUGGUGGAUGCACGGAAACCACUCUUUUUUGGAGAAGGCACAGUACUACGUCAGGUGGACACUAAAACUGGUAAACUGAAAAUUGGUACCUACACAGGCCCCUUACAGCAUGGCAUUGUCUACUCAGGAGGUUCAUCUGAUACAAUCUGUGAUCUGCUGGGAGCCAAGGGCAAGGAUAUUUUAUAUAUUGGAGAUCACAUUUUUGGGGACAUUUUAAAAUCAAAGAAACGACAAGGAUGGCGGACUUUCUUAGUGAUUCCUGAACUUGCACAGGAGCUGCAUGUCUGGACUGACAAGAGUUCACUUUUUGAAGAGCUUCAGAGCUUGGAUAUUUUCUUGGCUGAACUCUACAAGCACCUUGACAGCAGCAGCAAUGAACGCCCUGAUAUUAGUUCCAUCCAGAAACGUAUUAAGAAAGUAACUCAUGACAUGGACAUGUGCUAUGGGAUGAUGGGAAGCCUGUUUCGCAGUGGCUCCAGGCAGACACUCUUUGCCAGUCAGGUGAUGCGCUAUGCUGAUCUCUAUGCAGCAUCUUUCAUCAAUCUGCUGUAUUACCCUUUCAGCUACCUCUUUAGAGCUGCCCAUGUUUUGAUGCCACAUGAAUCAACUGUGGAGCACACACAUGUAGAUAUCAAUGAAAUGGAGUCCCCCCUUGCCACCCGGAACCGUACAUCAGUGGAUUUCAAAGAUACAGAUUAUAAGCGGCACCAGUUGACACGGUCGAUAAGUGAGAUCAAACCUCCCAACCUCUUCCCACUGGCUCCCCAGGAAAUUACACACUGCCAUGAUGAAGAUGAUGAUGAAGAAGAGGAAGAGGAAGAAGAAUAAGGAAAACUAAAACUGAGCACCCAUUAAAAUAAGUUCUGGCAGGACUCAUAGGAGCGAAGGAUGUUCCUAGUUGGGUCCUACUUGAGGGAGGGGGAUCUCCAUCAAAGGCACAUCUAGAAAAUUUCUGAAGACUUCAAAAUAGUCUUAUCACAUGGGGAGAUACUUGUUUUAAUUUUAUGUGUCUGCACUUUGCAGGUCCAAAUUAUAAUGGAGUCUGUAUUGAGAGAAAAUAAGGGUAAAGUCAGGCUAAAAAGCACAGAUGACUCCAUUGUGACUUGUGACAUUGUUUCUUGUUUCAUCAUCAGUAUAUUCUAGUAUUUCUAGAUACACUAAGAUUGGUGAAGGGUAUCAGAAUGGAACAAGAAGGAUUAUGGGAACGAGGUGAUCAAAAAAGGUAUUAUCUUACAAAUUGUGCUGUUACUACAAAAUCCACUUUUCUCCCAGUGCAUUUGUAUAUCAGUGGACAAAUAUAUUAUUUCCAUUAUCAAAUGUAAUCUUCCGUUAAGGUCAGGGUUUCUUUUACAAGGCUUUAUGGCUCCUCAGUGUUUGUAAUCAGGUUGCUGUUUAUCAGUGGCUUUGCAGAUGUAUUCCAUGCUUGUUUUAGGGCCUGUCUGGAAUAGACUGCAGCAAUUUCAUUUUGAGAUGAAAGUCUUCACUUUCACAUUUUUUUAAAAAAGAAAAAGUGUUAUUCAAAGAUUCUUUUUCUUAACUGAAAUAGAUCAAUAGAAAAAAUUUAGUUGAAAGAGGACAAAGGAGCAAGCUCCUGCCCCUAGAAAAUGAUAACUUUCUUAUAUUGUAGUAAACUGAGUAAAAUUCACUAAUGUGGGUUAAAAAUGUGGCUCUUGCUACUCCAUUCCAGCCAUCUGUAUCCUCAAGGGUUGAUUGCUAUAUUUCAAACAUGAAUAUUAGAGGUAAGAGGGCUCUGUAAGCCAGAACCUUACUAAAGCAGAGGGCACAAUCAGUGUGAAUAAAUUCACUUCAGAAUCCCAAGUGAAAUUACUUGUUUUGAGCAAGAAUAUGUCAUUACUAUGUGUAUUUUAGGUUAUUAUAAUUGCCUCGCAAGUACAGUGAAAGUUGUUCAACAUUUUUAAUAGUGUAGAUUCUUACUUUAACCAUCACAUAUUUUGUCUGUCCUUAAUGUCAUUAGUCAAAUUGGGAAGGUAGAUUAGUUAUUCUAGAAUUCAAUAAAGUAUAAUAUUUCUAAUACUGA